AUUGCUGUGAUACAAAUUAUCAUUGCCUCAAUACAAAAAGAAAGUCUUUGAAGCUAGUGAUCUCAUUAGUAAUCAAUUAGGGAAGAUACUUCUUUAGUGCCUUGAAGAUACGAUAGAAGAAGCUAGUAUGUCGAGACCAACCACCAUCAAUGUUAAGGUGGUGGCUGCUGAGUCACUUUAUAAAAGAGAUGUUUUCCGUCAGCCGGAUCCGUUUGCUGUAAUUACUGUUGAUGGAUCUCAAACCAAGACAACCAAGACUGCUAAGAAAACAUUAAAUCCAUAUUGGAAUGAAUCGUUUGAUUUUAAUUCGUUAGAAGAUUCAAUUCUUGUUAUUCAAGUUUUUGAUCAGAAAAAAUUUAAAAAGAAGGAUCAAGGGUUCUUGGGUGUUGUUAAUGUAAGAAUUGGUGAUGUGAUUGAUUUAUCAUUACCAAACAGUGAAGAAACUAUAACUCGAGAUUUGAAAAAAUCAAAUGAAAAUUUGGCGGUUAGUGGUAAAAUAAUUGUGGUUGUUAGCCAUAAUAAAAAUCCAACGUCAAAUGGCUCAGCCAAUACUAAUACAAAUAGUAAUAACAACACCUCCUCCACACCAGCUCUGUCAAUCCCUGCUGGUGUUGCCGCUGCUAGUGAUUCUUCUGGUGCUUUGGCGGUUAAUUCUACAAAUGCUCAAUCGGCGGCUCAUCGACAAUAUUCUUCUUUUGAAGAUCAAUAUGGUAGAUUACCUCCUGGUUGGGAACGUAGAACUGAUAAUUUUGGUAGAACUUAUUACGUUGAUCAUAAUUCAAGAACUACUACUUGGCAAAGACCUACUUUGGAGCAAUCAGAAGUUGAAAGAGGUCAACAAAGACAAAAUACCACUGAAGCUGAAAGAAGACAACAUCGUGGUCGUACUUUACCUGGUGAAGGAUCUCAUUCUCCAAUGUUAUCGGCCACUCCUCAACCACCUUCUAAUACUGCCACUAGUGGUAAUGUAACUGUUAAUUCAAGUGGUGCUAACACUCCGGUUUCUCCUGCUGCAGCUGUAUCGAUGGCGGCUUCAGGUGCAACUACCAAUGGGUUAGGUGAAUUACCUUCUGGUUGGGAACAACGUUUUACUAAUGAAGGUAGACCUUAUUUCGUUGAUCAUAAUACUAGAACUACUACUUGGGUCGAUCCAAGAAGACAACAAUACAUUCGUACUUUUGGUCCAAAUACUACAAUCCAACAACAACCAGUUUCUCAAUUGGGUCCUUUACCAUCAGGUUGGGAAAUGAGAUUAACUAAUACUGCAAGAGUUUAUUUUGUUGAUCAUAAUACUAAAACAACCACUUGGGAUGAUCCAAGAUUACCAUCUUCAUUAGAUCAAAAUGUUCCUCAAUAUAAACGUGAUUUCAGAAGAAAAGUUAUUUAUUUUAGAUCUCAACCAGCAUUAAGAAUUUUACCAGGUCAAUGUCAUAUUAAAGUUAGAAGAGAUCAUAUUUUUGAAGAUUCUUAUCAAGAGAUUAUGAGACAAACUCCUGAAGAUUUAAAGAAAAGAUUAAUGAUUAAAUUCGAUGGUGAAGAAGGUUUAGAUUAUGGUGGGGUUUCAAGAGAAUUUUUCUUUUUAUUAUCUCACGAUAUGUUUAAUCCAUUUUAUUGUUUAUUUGAAUAUUCAUCUCAUGAUAAUUAUACAUUACAAAUUAAUCCAAAUUCAGGUAUUAAUCCAGAACAUUUGAAUUAUUUCAAAUUCAUUGGUAGAGUUGUUGGUUUGGGUGUAUUUCAUAGAAGAUUUUUGGAUGCUUUCUUUGUUGGUGCAUUAUAUAAAAUGAUGUUACAUAAAAAAGUUGUUUUACAAGAUAUGGAAGGGGUUGAUGCAGAAUUUUAUAGAUCAUUAAAAUGGAUAUGUGAUAAUGAUAUAACCGAUAUAUUAGAUUUAACUUUUAGUGCAGAAGAUGAUAAAUUUGGUGAAAUUGUUGAAGUUGAAUUAAAACCUGGUGGGAAAGAUAUCGAAGUCACUGAAGACAAUAAACAUGAAUACGUUGAAUUAAUAUCCGAAUGGAAAAUUAGUAAACGUGUUGAAGAACAAUUUAAAGCUUUUAUUAAUGGAUUUAAUGAAUUGAUUCCUCAAGAAUUAGUUAAUGUUUUCGAUGAACGUGAAUUGGAAUUGUUAAUCGGUGGUUUAGCAGAAAUUGAUAUCGAAGACUGGAAAAAACAUACUGAUUAUAGAGGUUAUCAAGAAAAUGAUCAAGUCAUUCAAUGGUUCUGGAAAUGUAUCAAAGAAUGGGAUUCAGAACAAAAAGCAAGAUUAUUACAAUUCACCACUGGUACUUCUCGUAUCCCGGUUAAUGGGUUUAAAGAUUUACAAGGUUCUGAUGGUCCAAGAAGAUUCACUAUUGAAAAAGCUGGUGAACCAAAUCAAUUACCUAAAUCUCAUACUUGUUUCAAUAGAGUCGAUUUACCUUCAUACACCAAUUAUGAAAGCUUAAAACAAAAAUUGACUUUGGCCGUGGAAGAAACUGUCGGUUUUGGUCAAGAAUAAUCAAUCAAACAAACAUUUUUUAUUAAAAAAAAAACGUAUUUUCUCUGUAUUCUACUUUCUUUUCUUUUUGGGCACUUUCUACAAUUUCUUGAUUUACCUUGAUAACGAUUUUGAUAAUGUCCUCCCAAUUAAUGAUUUACUCUC